GACCAGGAAAAGGGACAGGCGCAUGCGUGAAGAAGGGAACGAUGGUGGAUAGGUAGGCAACGCAUCAACUUGAUGAUAUCUAUCGACUAGCGAUCGAUUUCCAACAGUUCACUAGAACUAAUAGAUCGUAUAUCACUUAUUUGCUGCUACUAGAAUUGUAGCUAGCUUCCGUAGAACGAAGCCCUGGAACAUACAAAAAUGCCGAACAUUAAGAUAUUCAGCGGUAGCUCGCAUCGGGAACUGUCUCACAAAAUUGCCGACCGUCUUGGGAUGGAACUCGGGAAGGUUGUCACCAAAAAAUUCAGCAAUCAAGAAACAUGCGUUGAGAUCGGGGAGAGUGUCCGUGGAGAGGAUGUCUACAUCGUACAGAGCGGCUGUGGGGAGAUCAAUGAUAAUCUGAUGGAGCUGCUGAUUAUGAUCAAUGCGUGUAAGAUCGCCUCGGCCUCCCGGGUCACAGCCGUCAUCCCCUGCUUCCCCUACGCACGGCAGGACAAGAAGGACAAGGUGGGGAGUCGGGCGCCCAUCUCAGCCAAGCUCGUGGCUAACAUGCUGUCUGUGUCUGGGGCUGAUCACAUCAUCACUAUGGACCUCCACGCCUCACAGAUCCAGGGUUUCUUCGACAUCCCGGUGGAUAACCUGUAUGCUGAGCCUGCUGUACUGAAGUGGAUCAAAGAGAACAUCGCAGAGUGGAAGACCUGCACUAUCGUCUCUCCAGACGCAGGGGGUGCCAAGAGAGUGACUUCCAUAGCGGACAGGCUCAAUGUGGACUUUGCUCUGAUCCACAAAGAGAGAAAGAAGGCCAAUGAGGUGGAUCGCAUGGUGUUGGUCGGGGACGUCACGGACCGGGUGGCCAUCUUGGUGGAUGACAUGGCAGACACCUGUGGGACUAUCUGUCACGCGGCCGACAAGCUGAUCUCAGCUGGUGCUACCAAGGUGUAUGCCAUCCUGACCCACGGUAUCUUCUCUGGCCCGGCCAUCUCCCGCAUCAACAACGCCUGCUUCGAGGCCGUGGUUGUCACCAACACUAUCCCUCAGGAGGAGAAGAUGAAGACCUGUCCUAAGAUACAGGUGAUUGACAUCUCUAUGAUCUUGGCAGAGGCCAUCCGCAGGACCCACAACGGAGAAUCUGUCUCCUACCUCUUCAGCCACGUCCCCUUGUAACAUCACACGGGCACCGUUCAGUAGGGCACACCAGAACAUUCAGAUAGAACAGGCACCGUUCAGUAGGGCACACCAGAACAUUCAGAUAGAACAGACACCGUUCAGUAGGGCACACCAGAACAUUCAGAUAGAACAGACACCGUUCAGUAGGGCACACCAGAACAUUCAGAUAGAACAGGCACCGUUCAGUAGGGCACACCAGAACAUUCAGAUAGAACAGGCACCGUUCAGUAGGGCACACCAGAACAUUCAGAUAGAACAGGCACCGUUCAGUAGGGCACACCAGAACAUUCAGAUAGAACAGGCACGGCCAUCUCUCACGCAGAAUAGGGACUUUGGGGAACAGAUAUGAUUGUCUUUCAGGUAGGCUCUUCAUUCCAUUUCUAUGCCCAGUAUUCUGGAAUGUUUCUCAUCACUGAAUAGAUUCCAGCCCUACUAUUCUGUUACACCAGAAAGAGGAAUGUCCUAUACAAACAUCAGUGUUGGGCUCGAUUCCAUUUCAAUUCCAGUCAAUUCAAGAUGUAUACUGACAUUCCAAUUCUUUUCAAUUAGGAAAAUGUGGAAUUGGAUUUGGAAUUAGGUUUACUUUCUGAAUUGAGGUUUAAAUUCAAUUGACCCCAACCAGGAGAAACACCACCAGUAUAUAUUAGCAUCGCUCUGCUGCUAUUGCUAACUAACCACGUUACAAUUAAUGACUAUUAAUAAUGAUGACAUGUUCAUUUUGAGUCCCUCUCUCACCUCUAAACAGUGUUUGCAUCCCAAAUGGCACCCUUUUCCUACAUAGUGAACUUCUUUUGACUAGUGCCCUAUGGGUCCUGGUCAAAAGUAGUGCACUACAUGGGGAAUAGGGUGCCAUUUGGGACAUGUCUAUCAGGGACAAAAGAGGUCAGUGUUGAUUAUUUAUUGUGAGUGGGUGAACUCACCUAAUGCCAACAGUUCAUAAUAAUGCUGUUACAAAACUUCUAUGUUACAAAAAGAGGGUGAGAGACGGUUGGAUGUUGACUGACUUCAGGUAUUUUAUUAUUUUGUUUUUCAUUUUGAUUUGGUUGAAAGAUGAGGCUCAUAAUGAGUAAAGUGAAUGAGCUAUAGUUGAUGUUAAUCUGGGUGAUUCACAAGUCUUUUUAAAAGGGGCAAUCUAGGAUUGGUACUUCUAAUUUUUGGACAUAAUGGUAUAUAGCCUACUGAUUCUUGAAGAUUAUAACUUUUAAAUGCCUCCUCCAUGAUCUGCAUCCCUUGCUCUGUCUGUGUGUACAUUCCUCUAACCCCAUCCCUCACUUGUUGACCUAAACCAGUACCGGGAAGGGGGGGUUUGAAUUGUGGAUUGCCCCUCAAGGCUUUUGGGAAUCAUUCUUUCAGUGGGUGCAGAGGAGGCAGGUUUUGCUCUUUGAGGUUGCUGUCUAGAAGCUGUUGGUUUUUAGCUCUGCAGGAUGGAGCUUCCUAGAAAAGUCUCUGCUAUUUUUAUUUACUUAAUUUUUUUCAAUAAUAUUUGUAUAAUAAACUCUCAAAAGAGUG